AUGCUGAAGCUAUCUUUUAAGCCCUGGGCGGCUGGUUAUGACUACGUGCGUUCCCAUAGCAACAUCUGUAAGAUGGCUGCCCGGAACGGCUAUGGUUCACAGAACUCCGUGGCCCACCUAGACCCCCUCAAGGGCACUGUCCUGAGGGACAGCAUGGGAGGAGAGAGGGGGAAAGACCUGUCCAGGGAUGACCUCGUGUUCCUCCUCAGUAUAAUGGAGGGAGAGCUGCAGGCAAGAGAUGAGGUGAUCACGGUCCUGAAAGCAGAGAAAAUGGAUCUGGCUCUGCUGGAGGCCCAGUAUGGCUUUGUCACCACAGGAGAGGUGCUUCGAGCCCUGCAGAGAGACUCACUCCAGGACCAGGCUUCUGAGGCCCAACAGCAGGAUGUCUAUGAGAAACCCAUGGCUGAGCUGGACCGGUUGGUGGAGACGGGGAACCAGAGCUACAGGCGGAUGCUCGAGCAGCUGCUGCAGGUGGAGCGUUCCCACAGUUGCGCCCUCUGCAGGCUGGAGGAGCAGGACCAGCAGCACCGCGCCUUCAUGCAGCGCAGCGACGACCUCACCUGUCUACUGGAGCAAGACCGUGAGAGGUCAGUGACACUGACCGACCGCUAG